CCAGGAGGAGCCGCUAACCAACCAGGAUCCGGAGCGGAGCUGCAGCGUCACAGAGAGACGCCCAGAGCCGCAGCUUAAGAGCAGCGGAGCCUCGGCGGUUCGCCACAUUUCUCUCCUGAUCCCGAGCAGAGAAGCAGAAUCAUGGCCAGAACCAAGCAGACCGCCCGUAAAUCCACCGGAGGCAAAGCCCCCAGGAAGCAGCUGGCCACCAAGGCAGCCAGGAAGAGCGCUCCGGCUACCGGCGGCGUGAAGAAGCCUCACCGCUACAGGCCCGGUACCGUGGCUCUGAGGGAGAUCCGUCGCUACCAGAAGUCGACGGAGCUGCUGAUCCGCAAGCUGCCCUUCCAGCGUCUGGUCCGAGAGAUCGCUCAGGACUUCAAGACCGACCUGCGCUUCCAGAGCUCCGCCGUCAUGGCUCUGCAGGAGGCCAGCGAGGCCUACCUGGUGGGUCUGUUCGAGGACACCAACCUGUGCGCCAUCCACGCCAAGAGGGUCACCAUCAUGCCCAAAGACAUCCAGCUGGCCCGCCGCAUCCGCGGAGAGAGAGCUUAGAGGCUGCAGCUCCAACAAACACACAACGGCUCUUUUAAGAGCCACACACACCCAGUUUAAGAGAUUUAGUUCCUCAUUUUUUUUAACAUGUCUAAAUUAAUACCACAACACCUGCUUUUUAUCAUUUUAUUACUGCACAAAGCUAUUUUCUAGUUAACUGAACUACAUAAAAAUGUAGCUCUUGAAUAUAGAAGGUUUUUAGUUAAUUUCUCACAAUUUUGUUCAGAACCCAAAGUUCAGCAGCACUAAAGGAGCUUGUGAGCAAUUUCAUCAUUCAUAUCAGAAUGAUGAAAUUCAGAUAUCUCAUAAACUGAAUACCUCCGAUUAUGAGAACUUGUCAAAAUAUCAGCUAUUUUAACAAGUAACCAAGUUUGAUAUAGAAUAUUAAAUAUGGCUGUGACUCUUACAUUGACCAAUCUGAUGCCGUCUGAAAUAUCUCGACACAUUUUAACACUCAAAAUGUGUCUGAAGAUUUUUAAUUAGCAGUUUUACGCUUCAAAAUGAAAAUGUCUUUGAGUUUCCGCUCAAGAUGGUCGAUGUCUAAUUUAAAAAUCUAAAUCCAACAAUUAGAAUAAUUAGAAAGCUAAACUGAUUGGACACAAUGAAACAUCUUUAAACUCUCUAAUGGUUCAGUGACUUUAGCUUAACAUGUGUGUAUGGACUUUUAUCGCAUUUAAUAGUUUAUACAGCUUUGUUUAAGUAAAACUACAGAUAUUAGUUAACUAGUGGCUAAAUAUGGUGCAUGUCUUUUGACAUGAUUGUUUCCAUACAUGGUUCCAUAUAGUAACUCAAGCUCAGAGGCCAGAGGAAUCAGGGAAACUAAUUUACCAGUAAUAUUUAACACAGUAUAAAAAAAAUAGGAAAAUCUCAAGCCCAUGUUUCAUGUUUUUUAUUUAUUUUUUUUAACAUCUCAAACAUUGUUACAUUUAUUUCACUACAUUUCCCUUUAACUUUAAUAUGUUUAAUCACACACACAUUACUUGUAGACUUAAAGUCAACAUAAAAUAAAAUGAUUGAUAGAAAACACAAUGAAGUAAAUACCUGCUCAACUGACUCCUCUGCUUAGAAAACAACGAUGGGUUGCAACAGUUUCACACGAGUUUGAUUCAAAUAAAUCUUACAAAUUGACAAAAGGAAAAGAAAAAGAAAAAAAAACUGGGAACCUCGGCCGACGAAACCAACAAACUAGGGAGACGACUUCAGCUGGUAACUUCUUCUAGUGUUCAUGUCCGUUUGCAUUCAGGUCCCUCUGAUUAACCCAAACAAACCCACUAAUCCCAACUACCAUCACCAAAAACAAGACUGGUGUAACAUGGAAAACUGACUUAUGAAUAAAAGAAAAACAAAU